ACGGAAUUGUUGAUGACGUGCCGUGAAAUCUCGAGACGUGGCUGACAGUUGCUGACAGAACGAAAUUUUCGUUUGUAUUUCUUGGCUACAAUCGACUGCUGCUGUUCGAUUUUAAUUUCAUUUAUCCCUGUUCAGUAUUAAAACAGACAUAUUAUAACACAAAAUGGAUCAAAUCGUCAAAUUCAUUGAACCUGGCAAACAGUUCGCUAAGGACUCAAUCAGACUGGUGAGAAGAUGCACUAAACCUGACAGAAAAGAGUUCCAAAAAAUCGCUAUCGCCACAGCUAUUGGUUUCUGCAUCAUGGGUUUCAUCGGAUUCUUCGUGAAACUGAUACACAUCCCAAUCAAUAACAUUAUCGUGGGAUCGUAGGCUGUUAGUUUAAGUUAGAUUAAUUAUUAUAAGCUCCCUCAACUGGCUAAGUUAACUCUCACACGCUGUCAUUACUAUUUUUUUAAAAUAAAUUAUUUACAGUGUUUUAA